UGCUUCAUAUGGGCUGGGCUCUCCUUAUUCAGAAGGUGAGUCAGACUGAGGCACAUGCUUUCUUCCUGUUGGGAGUGACUCAGGUACAGGAGCUGAUAAAACCACCUGAGAAGAGAAAGCAAAGCACAGCGAAAAGCAGGCUUAAGCUCCCUACAGGUCUUCUGAGCCUUUCUUCCUGUAAGGACACAUCCUGGAUCCCCAGAAAUGACUUUGUGCAGGCUGCUAACCCUGAGCUGCUUCAGUGUAUGUCUGUUCCUGCCUGCAGCCACUGGUACCAGGGAAAGAGGAGUCUGUGACUGCAAUGGGAAGUCCAGGCAAUGCAUCUUUGACCAGGACCUGCUCAGAGAAACAGGAAAUGGCUUCCGCUGCCUCAACUGCAUGGACAAUACUGAUGGGGUUCGCUGUGAAGGGUGCAAGGAGGGGUUCUACCACCAGCAAAAUGGAGAACGUUGCUUGCCAUGCAGCUGCAACCCGAGAGGCUCCCUCAGCCCACAGUGUGAUAACCACGGCCAAUGCAGCUGCAAACCAGGCAUGACAGGAGAAAAAUGUGACCGAUGCGAGCUAGAAUUCACCUUUCUCUCAGGGGCUGGGAGCAGGGGAGAUGGACAGCUGCCGAGCUCUCAGUGUGCCUGUGAUCCAGCUGGCAGCACAGGGCACUGCAUUUCGGGACGCUGCUUCUGCAAGACAGGAGCCACAGGCGAGCAAUGUGACAGGUGCAAGCUGGGCUACUAUAACCUAGAUGCAGGAAACCCCGAGGGAUGUUCCCAGUGCUUCUGUUAUGGGCAUUCAACCACGUGUAGCAGCGCAGAAAAUUACAGUGUCCACAAAAUCACCUCCAACUUCCAGCAGGAUGCUGAGGGCUGGAGAGGAGUUUAUAUUGAUGGGUCCCUUGUAGAGCUCCAGUGGUCUCCACGUCAUCGGGAUGUGUUUAUCACAGCAAAGCGGCCAGAACCAAUCUAUUUUUUGGCACCGGCCAAGUUUCUUGGAAACCAGCAGCUGAGCUAUGGCCAGACCCUGUCAUUUGAUUACCGUGUGAACCAAGGGGGACGUCAUCCUUCUCCAUGUGAUGUCGUCCUGGAGGGAGCUGGCCUGAGAGUCACUGCCCCCCUCUUGCCUCAUGGAAAGUUACUGCCCUGUGGCAUCAGCAAGACAUAUACAUUCAGACUGGACGAGCACUCAAGCAGCAGAUGGAGCCCCAAGCUGAGCUACUUUGAGUAUCACAGGCUCCUGGGGAACCUGACAGCACUGCGGAUCCGAGCCACAUUUGGAGUAUAUGGCACAGGAUACAUGGAUAACGUGACGUGGGUGUCAGCACAGCCCACUUCUGGAGCUCCAGUGACCUGGGUAGAACAAUGCAAGUGUCCUACUGGGUACCAAGGGCAGUUCUGCGAAAGAUGUGCUCCUCGAUACAAGAGGGAAUCCCCCAGUCUUGGGCCUUUCAGCACAUGUGUGCCUUGUAGCUGUCAAGGAGCAUUAAAUUGUGACCCAGACACUGGAGAAUGUCAUUCAGGAGAUGCAUACACUGACCCCCGUACCAGCUGCCAGCUUGGUUACUACAGAGAUCCCCGAAAUCCACAGAGCUGCCAGCGGUGCCCAUGCAGCAAAGGACAGGGCUGCUCGAUGGUGCCAGGCACGAAGGAGGUCACCUGCCAUAACUGCCCUGCAGGAGUCACCGGUUCUGCAUGCAAACUCUGUGAAGAUGGCUAUUUUGGAGACCUCUUGGGUAGAAAUGGCCCUGCAAAGCCUUGCCAGCCCUGCCAGUGUAACGGGAACAUCGAUCCCAAUGCUGUGGGGAACUGUAACAGACUAACGGGUGAAUGCCUGAAGUGCCUCUACAACACAGCUGGCUUCCACUGUGAUCGCUGCAAAGAUGGGUUCUUUGGGAACCCCUUAGCCUCCAACCCAGAAGACAAGUGUCAAGCCUGCAACUGCAGCUCAAUAGGUUCUGAGCCCCAAACAUGUCGCAGUGACGGGAGCUGCAUUUGUAACCCAGGAUUUGAGGGGCCCGAUUGUGAGCACACACAUUGCCCAGACUGUUACAACCAGGUGAAAGCUCAGGUGGAUCAGUACCUCCAGCAGCUGCAGGCUUUGGAGGUGCUUUUCUCUCAUGGACAUUUUGGCCAGGGGGCAGCGAACAAUGGGGAGCUAGAGGGGAAAAUGCAGCUGAUUGAGGAGACUCUUCGUGCCAUCCUGAGAGAAGCCCUGAGCUUGCAAACCUCUGACAAGUCCUUGGAGGGCCAAGUGUCCAAAAUGAAGGGACAGGAGGCUGGUUACCAGAGGCGCCUGGAUGACAUCAAGGUGACCUUGGAGAGAAUGAAAGUUCUGGGGAACCAGUACCAGAGGCAGGUGCGGGAUAUCCAGGGGCUGCUUGAGAGAGCCCAGGUGACCCUAGAGCAAACCAAAGUGACCCUGAGUGGAGUGUAUAUUCCAUCUUCCAAUCUCCCUGGGGGCUCAAGUAGAUUUAUGAUCCUGGCCCAGGAGGCUCUAAGAUUAGCAAACAGCCACAUGCAAGCAGCAAAUGCCAUUGAGCAGGCAGCCAAAGCAGCAAAGGAUGACUCUGACCAGGCCCUGGAGCUGGUGCGCUCAGCUGUGAGUGGAGGAGGCAUCCUGGCAAAUUCCAUGCAAGGGCUGCUCAGGAAAUACGAUGAAACAAAAUCUCUUGCCAGUGAGCUGGAGGCUGCUGCCAGCAGAUCAACAGCAGAUGCAGAUGGUGCUUAUCAGGGCAGCCUGCUGCUUCUCAACUCUUUGUCCCGCUUAGCAAAGAUUGACACUGGGUCUUUCCAGGGGGAGGCAACCCGGCUGAGACAGGAGGCAAAUGUUCUGAUGGGCUUGGUGGACACUUACAUGGCAGAAUACAGGCAGCUGCAAAGCAACACCAGAAGCUGGGAGGAAGACAUCAAACAACUGUUACAGAGAGGGGAAGGCGAGAGAGUGGCUUUGAUUCAGCUGCUGUCCCGUGCCAACCUCGCCAAGACCAGAGCUCAGCAAGCACUGAGUGCUGGCAAUGCCACUUUCUCUGAAGUUGAUCGUGUCCUGAAGAAUCUCAGGGAGUCUAACCUGCAGGUGGAUGACAAGAGGAGAGAAGCUGAAGAUGCCAUGAGCAGGCUUCCACUCAUCAGCAGCCUGGUCACGGGUGCCAAUGAGCAGGCUGGCCGAGCAGAACGAGCCCUGGGCAAUGCUGCUUCGCAUGCAAAAUCAGCUAGAACCAUGGCAGGGGAGGCCAAGGAGAUCACCAGUGGGAUCCAGCAGGAGAUAAAGCAUGUGAGGCUGGAGGCCAACAGGACAGCAGAUAGUGUCCUGGCACUGGAGAAGGAAAUAGCUGCUCUGCUGCACACAGUGAGUGAAAGAGAAGGGGAGUUCCUGAGGAAAGAGCAGGAGAUUGCUACCGAUGCUAUCACAGUCCAGGAGAUUGUCCAAGAGGCUCAGAGUUCCCAUGCCAGAGCCCAAGGGGCUGGAACUGCCAUCCAAGAGACACUGACUGCCUUGGAAGACCUCCUGUACCUGAUAAACCAGCCUGGCACUGUGGAUGAGGAGGCUCUGAACACACUUGAACUGAACCUCAGCAAAGCCAAGACAAAGAGCAGCCAGUUGAAGCAGCAGCUGUCAGAGCUUGAGAAGACUUCCAGCAUGCAGAAACUCCGGAUCCAGAUGCUGGAGAGGAGUAUUAGUGAGAUCUUGGCCGAUAUCGAGAAUCUGGAGGAGAUCCGCAAAAAUCUGCCCCCAGGCUGCUACAACACAAAACCCAUUGAACGACCUUGAGCACAAGGUGGAGAUGAGACUCCAUGUGUGUGUGUGUGUGUGUGUGUGUGUGUGUGUGUGUGGAUACCAAGGUGGCCCAGGAGGCCUGGGUAGGAGGGGAAACCAAGCCUGGCAAUCCCAGCUGCAUUUGACUCUGCUGAAUUGAACUGUGGUGCCUUGAGUCAGGUUUGUCAGACUUGGUGACCUUGUGCCUUGAGGCAAACAUGAUCACACUCUUUCGCUGUCCUCCAACAAGAAUGUGAUGCUCCACAUGUCUAUCCUGGGAGUGCCUGAGGAAGGAGAUACCCACCUGCUUGAAGAAGCUGCUGACCAGGAAGAGUUAAGUGUACUGGGAUCUCAUCCCUGUAGGCACAGCCAGGAGGAGGUGGGCACACUGUUGCCAUCUGGGUAUUUAUCAGGCUUUGUUGUCACCAGCCAAAUCUGAACUCCUCUUGUCUCUAUUUUCCUCAUCCUGAAGAGAUUUUUCUCAACUCUCGGGCACAUCCAGGACUUGCUGCCAUCCUUGAAUGGCACUACCUUGCUCCUCAUCUUGCACAGUGCAAUUCAGUGCUGGUUUCCCUUCAUUUGCUCCCCUCAACAUGUUUCUCAUCAGCCCUCUUUUCUGAACUCAGUGAUGAGCAGCAGAACAGAGGGUGGGUUUGGGCUCUGAACCAUGGAAGCUGCGAUUGCUGACUGUAGCGUUAUUCUCACAAUCUCUCUGCCUUGACAGCCUUUGUGCGUUAGGCUUGUCUGGGCCACAGGGAAGUGCCAUUGUGAGCUCUUCAUUACAAGCCUUCCCUCUGUCUAGCCAAGGUGGGGGCUCCCUAGGCAUAGGAAAAGAAGGAAAUGUUUCAUCUUUGAGUUCAAACGACUGCACCAGAAGGAGCUGGAGGUGCAUCUGUUCCUCUUGGCUUGCUGCAGAGAGGAUUGUGAAAGGACAUUGUGUGAAAAGUCCUUCCUGCCACUACGUCUUUCUCUCCAAGAGGAUGUUUCAUCUUCUCCACCCCCUUCUCAUCUGGGCCUUUUGCUCAAGAGUGGUUUCAGGGGCCUUACCUGGAUUUGGUGACUCCAGGGUCAGAGCCCCAGGUUUUCCAUAUGCCCCUGUUGCAGGUGCAAACUUUACACAGGCUGACUUGGCCCUUGUUGCUCUGAGUUGAGUCAGGUGAGUACCAUGCUGUUUGCUGCCAGUAUCUCAGAUGAGACCUUGGAAAGCAGGCACUGAUGCUCCUGUGGCACUUUUAGCAAGAGCAGAGGAUUUGUACUAGUCACCUUGGCCAAGAAAGCUGGUACCUGAGGGUCCAGCUCAUCCAAACAUGAGGAUUUUGAUUUGCUCCAUUGAACAAAAACCAUCUUAAGUGUAACCAGGCAUGUCUCCACUUCCAGGUUGGAGGAAGUUUGGUGCUGUUUUCUCCCUUCCCCAGAAAUGUAAAACUGGAUGUUUCAUGUAGAGCAGCCGAUGUGACUCUAACCGGUUCCUUCCAUCUCCCCUUUUCGCCUGUGUUUGGAGGAACCCAAGGCUCAGAUCUCCACCCUCUCCCAAAGUCCUGGGGGUAGGUCCCAUGCCAUUUUGCUACUUCACCUCAGUGAAGAAGGUCCCUGGUCCCCUGACUGCAAGGAUCUAGAUCUGUUGGAUACUUGUCUCCUGCCCUGUGUCCCAGCAGAAGCAGUAACCUCCAUCCUGGUCCAGAAAAGGCAGCUGCUUCUUUCUGGAGACACGCUCAUCCCUCCAGGUCUCUGAUAAAGUGGCACAGUCCUAGUGGUGCUUGAUGAUUAUCUGUUAAAUAACUGUUUGUGUCAUGUUUUUAUUUAAGUGAGCCACACUCUGGCCUCUGGUUUGCGUUGCAGUUUCUUCCUCUGCAACAUAGGAGAAAGGCCUUAGGGUUAUGAUUUUUUACAAGAAAAUUAAAUAAAUGGUGAAUCCUCA